UAUAACGAAAUACUUAACCAUUAGAACAAGAUUUUCCAAGAACCGUUUCAAAUCUGCGACGAGAGAAAGGAAUCGGUAAAUUAGAACAAUGAAGAAGCUCGCAAGGAAAUUUCGCCAUUCGGAAGACGGAAACCUCUCUCUUCCGGUGCACGACGGAGACUCUCGUCCCUUAGAAUCUCAUGAGCAGGAAGAGUUAGUUCGUUCUCUUGAAAGAAGUCAAGCUGAGCAGAGUCGCUUAUGGAGGAUGGUAUUCGCAACUUUGUUCUUCUGUUACAUCGUGUUUCUUUUGUACUCCAUCUUCCACCAGGCUUUAACACCAUGGGAACUGCGGUAUCAUGCGUACUUCAUGGAGGAGAUCUACUCAUGGACUGUUAUAUCUGCAGACUGGGUGGCUGUUUUAGCAUGCUUGUUUGCCCUCAUAGGACUGCUUCAUGAAUCAAACCAUCGCAGGAGAUGGAUCAAGUGUUCAUGGUAUACUGGCGUUACCCUGGCAGUUUUCUGGUUAUAUUACAUGUUGAGGCUGCCAAAGUUUCGUUGGGAUGUAAUCUGGCUACCAUUUGGUCCUCUUGGAGCAUCUGCACUCUGCCUCUAUGUGGAUCAUUUACUAACGGAGUCAUCAGAAGAGGUGAGAAAGCUUCGGGGGUACAUGUAUACCUACAAAGCAAGCUAGAAAGAUAUCGGUCUAGUGAUGGAGAUAUGUGCAUGAGAAUCAUUUUGGAGCAUAAUGACCAGACAAACUAAAGAAUAUUUUAUAUCUAUCAUAUGGAUUGGCCCCUAAUAUCCUUCUUAUCAGCAACGGCAUGGAACGGUGAUGAUUUCUUCUGUGGGUUCAGCUACUUUUUUUGUAUUUCCUUUUAUUGGAUGAAAAUCAUUGGUAAGAUAGGAACUUUCACCAAAUUAGAGAUCAGUUAAUUGAUAGCAGUUAAGGUGACAUUUGAAGGUAAUACCCUUUGUUUUUGUGAGGAGUUUUCGAUCUGCUGUACUUGAGAUCAGUUUAACAUUUACUGCAUGAAUGAGUCAAUGUUAUUCCGUGCAUAUAU